GCUAGGCGAGAAUAAUUAUCCGGGGUAACUGACACCGAGCAUCCAAUGAUUCGCUUUCUCGUCCACGGACAGUUUCGACGAAUACCAGUCUUUUCAAAAAAUCAACUUUCUAUCCGUGCUAUACGUGCUGUAAAAAGAUUUGCUGAUGAGGAACACUGUAAACCAAUGGAAGGCCAGCCUGCAAGCACACACUUGACUGAUAGCUGGAAAACGUGGCGGGACAAGAUGCGAAUAGGACACAAAAGGUGGCAGCCACGAAAGCGACUGUUGUGGCAACAGAUGGAAGAAAUGAGAGACCUAAAAGCUCAAUAUCCUCAUGUAUGGACGAUAGCUAAAUUAGGACAAAGAUAUGGUGUUAGCCAAGCUGCUGUGAUGAAGAUUCUGAAAAGCAAGCACGUUCCUUCCGAGUCUGUGUGUGCGGCCCAAGACGAGAGAGCCAAAAGACAGAAAGCUGAACGAAAAGAGUUUUAUAAAAGAAAGUGAUAGUAAAAAGUGAUACUAAAACCGAGUAAAUAAAUAGUGAAAAUUUGUAACUGAGCCUGUGUAUACCAGCAGAGCUGUUUUAAUAGUAACUGUAUGUUGGCUCAGAAAUUUCUCUUACUCUUAAUGUUAGUUUCCAAUCAGACAUUGUCAGAUUCUCGGAUGAUCAUGCAAUAUAACGUGACACUAGCAUUUUAUUCCUUGCUUGCAUUAUAUGUAGAGAUCAGUAAGUGAUAUUAAUAUUGCUGCAGAUUUCAAGAAC